CUGUGAUCUUCCGCUAGUAGCUCGUGGAGGCUAGCUACAGUAGAUAGCAUGCGGGAGUCGAUACACGCCCUUCGUUGUGACUUCUUGUGCCUCCGAGGUACACAGAUAAAGCGGAUCAGGUCGAGUUUCCUCUGGUCCCUGGUGGAGGUCAACUCUCAGCUGACCUUUCCUUAUGUCUCCUUCAUGGGCCAGACUCGGGCCAACCACUCCUAUGUGAACUUUAGCCUAAUAGGGAGAACUGAAAUUGAGAGUGUUCAUUGUCACACUGACCUGAGCACAUGCUGCAGAAAUGAGCAGGGUAUGCAUCGUGGUGACUGGUACUUCCCUAAUGGAAACCGACUG